CGUCCUCCUCGCAGCCGCCGCCCCAGCCGCCGCCGCCGCAGCACUCGCCGGCCCUGUACUACGCCAGCUCCACGCUGCCGGCGCAGAGAGUGAGCUCGCCGCUGUCCAUGCAGCAGGUGGGCUCGCCGACCAAGCUCCAGCGCGCCGGCUCGGCCUCGGAGAGCGCCAGCAGCGCCGCCGCCGGCUACGGCACCGCGCAGCGCGUCUCCUCGCCCAAGCAGUCGCCCAGCCGCCUGGCCAAGUCCUACAGCACCAGCUCGCCCAUCAACAUCGUCGUCUCCUCGGCCGGCCUCUCGCCCUCGCCGAUCCGGGUCACCUCCCCGCCCACCGUCCAGUCCACGCUCUCCUCCUCGCCCAUCCACCAGCUGAGCUCCACCAUCGGCACCUACGCCACGCUCUCGCCCACCAAGCGCCUGGUCCACCCCGCCGAGCAGUACGGCAAGCACUCCCAGGAGCUCUACGCCACCGCCACCCUCCAGAGGCCGGGCAGCCUCGCAGCUGGAUCCCGGGCGUCCUACACCAGCCAGCACAGCCACCUUGGCUCUGAGCUGAGGGCGCUGCAGUCCCCUGAGCACCACAUAGAUCCUAUUUACGAAGACAGAGUCUAUCAGAAGCCCCCUAUGAGGAGUCUCAGCCAGAGUCAGGGAGACCCUCUUCAACCAGCACAUACAGGCACCUACCGUACUAGCACAGCCCCAUCUUCCCCUGGUGUCGACUCCGUACCCUUACAGCGCACAGGCAGUCAACACGGCACACAGAACGCAACAGCGACCUUCCAGAGGGCCAGCUAUGCAGCAGGCCCAGGCGCCAAUUACGCAGACCCCUACCGACAGCUGCAGUAUUGUCCUUCUGUUGAAUCACCAUACAGCAAAUCUGGACCAGCCAUCCCACCUGAGGGAACCUUGGCUAGGUCACCUUCCAUUGAUAGCAUUCAGAAAGAUCCAAGAGAGUUUGGGUGGAGAGAUCCAGAACUUCCAGAGGUUAUACAGAUGUUACAGCAUCAGUUCCCCUCAGUGCAGUCCAAUGCUGCUGCCUACUUACAGCAUCUUUGUUUCGGAGACAAUAAAAUAAAAGCUGAGAUAAGAAGACAAGGAGGAAUACAAUUAUUGGUGGACCUACUAGACCAUCGAAUGACAGAAGUCCACCGUAGUGCCUGUGGAGCUCUGAGGAAUUUGGUUUACGGGAAAGCAAACGAUGACAACAAAAUUGCUUUGAAAAACUGUGGGGGUAUUCCAGCAUUAGUACGAUUACUCCGCAAGACGACAGAUUUGGAAAUCAGAGAACUAGUCACAGGCGUUCUUUGGAAUCUGUCCUCUUGCGAUGCGCUAAAAAUGCCAAUUAUCCAGGAUGCCCUCGCAGUGUUGACCAAUGCAGUGAUCAUUCCCCAUUCAGGAUGGGAGAACUCCCCUCUCCAAGAUGACCACAAAAUUCAGCUUCAUUCAUCACAGGUGCUGCGCAAUGCCACUGGGUGCCUAAGGAAUGUCAGCUCUGCUGGAGAAGAGGCCCGCAGAAGAAUGAGAGAGUGUGAUGGACUUACUGAUGCGUUGCUGUACGUGAUUCAGUCUGCUCUAGGAAGCAGUGAAAUUGAUAGCAAGACCGUUGAAAACUGUGUGUGCAUUUUAAGGAACCUCUCAUACCGGCUCGCUGCAGAAACAUCUCAGGGACAGCAAAUGGGGACUGACGAACUCGACGGUUUACUUUGUGGGGAUGCCAACGGAAAAGACGCGGAAAGUUCUGGAUGCUGGGGCAAGAAGAAGAAGAAAAAGAAAUCUCAAGAUCAGUGGGAUGGAGUAGGACCUCUCCCAGACUGUGCAGAGCCACCAAAAGGAAUCCAGAUGCUGUGGCACCCAUCCAUAGUCAAACCCUACCUCACACUCCUCUCUGAGUGCUCAAAUCCAGAUACAUUGGAAGGGGCAGCAGGUGCGCUACAGAAUCUGGCGGCAGGCAGCUGGAAGUGGUCAAUAUACAUCCGCGCUGCCGUCCGGAAAGAAAAAGGCCUGCCAAUACUGGUGGAGCUGCUUCGAAUAGACAAUGACCGGGUAGUAUGUGCGGUUGCAACAGCUUUACGGAAUAUGGCCUUAGAUGUUCGAAAUAAAGAGCUAAUAGGCAAAUAUGCCAUGCGGGACCUGGUUCACCGACUUCCUGGAGGUAACAACAGUAACAGUUCAACCAGUAAGGCCAUGUCCGAUGAUACCGUUACUGCCAUUUGUUGCACUUUGCAUGAAGUCAUCACAAAGAACAUGGAGAACGCCAAGGCCUUACGGGACGCAGGAGGAAUUGAGAAGCUCGUUGGCAUUUCCAAGAGUAAAGGAGACAAGCACUCGCCCAAAGUAGUGAAGGCAGCAUCUCAGGUCUUAAAUAGCAUGUGGCAGUACAGAGACCUGAGAAGUCUCUACAAAAAGCGGGCGGCCCCAGACUUCAGAGUGGCUGAGGACAGAGGAUUUUCACCUACCCAUCAUUCUGAAUCAUGGCAUGCUCAGCAAACCCUCUCCCAGAACCAAGAAUCCAGAAUCUAUUCCCCAACCCAGGAUGGAUGGUCACAGUAUCACUUUGUAGCCUCAUCUUCAACAAUAGAGAGGGAUCGGCAAAGACCGUACUCUUCGUCACGCACACCCUCCAUCUCUCCAGUGCGCAUGUCUCCCAACAAUCGUUCAGCAAGUGCCCCAGCCUCACCUCGGGAAAUGAUGACUUUAAAAGAAAGAAAAACAGACUAUGAAUCAACUGGAACAAAUGCUACUUACCAUGGAAAUAAAGGAGAACACACUUCUCGGAAAGACACAAUGACAGCUCAGAAUGCAGCAAUCUCUACUUUGUAUAGAAAUUCUUAUGGCGCACCUGCUGAAGAUAUUAAACAUAACCAGGUUUCAACACAGCCAGUUCCACAGGAGCCCAGUAGGAAGGAAUAUGAUGCAUAUCAGCCAUUUCAGAAUUCAACGAGAAACUACGACGAGUCCUUCUUCGAAGACCAAGUACAUCAUCGCCCACCUCCAAGCGAAUACAAUAUGCACCUGGGACUCAAGUCCACCGGCAACUACGUCGACUUCUAUUCAGCCGCGCGACCCUACAGUGAACUCAAUUAUGAAACAAGCCACUAUCCAGCAUCUCCAGAUUCCUGGGUCUGAGAUUUGGGCAAGAUUUAACACGAAACAAAAAAGAGGCUCCGGGGACUGUGCAUGUGCAUGCAAUCCACAAGACAUUCUUUUCCUGCAAAUUUAGUUUGUUCAAGCCUGUUCCAUAGGAAGGCCUGGGUAACCAGUUUGGAAAAAUUUAAGAUACUUGUAGAUGGCUAAAAAGAACUGGGAGUUAAGCACCAGGGGGUCAUUAGAAAGGGGGGCAUUGUAUAUCUAUUUCUGUAUCUAUAUAGUCCUGUCUCUCUAUAUAUAGAUAUAGAAAUAUAUUGUGUGAGGGGCCAGCUUUACAGUUGACCUUGUAUGUAGAGUUUAAAAACUAAAAUAGUGCUGUACAUUGAAUGUGGCAGAAGAGAGUAGGAGAGAAGGGAUAGACAGCGGAAGUGGGUCCAGAGUUAAGCACAAGAAAACGAGCAGUUUACACACCUUAAGGGGGGACAGCUUCUCACACUUUGUUUACUCUCCUCAUCCAUUGUGAAUUUAGGCUUCCAGUUGCAUUUGGGAUUUCCUCUGUACAGCAAGCUGUUUCUUGCCUUUUGUUAAUGCAUUGUUGUAAAGUAUUUGAUGUACAUUACAGAUUUAAAAAGAGAGAGAGAGAGUGAGAGAAGUGCAUUGUGUAUAUUACACCAAUGCCACAGUGUUUCUUCAUCUAUGGUUCUAAAUAUUGCUUCAAUUUCCAAACUUUGAAAUAUGUAUGAAUUUCCAGAGGGGAGGGGAAAGGGGUUGUUUUUUAUUUCUUUUUUUCUUUCUUUUUUUUUCUUUUCCCCAGUGCGUUUUAACAAGAGAAAACAAAAAACAGAAUAUUUAGCAGUAUUGUUCGUUCUGAUAUGUGAAUUUGUUUGUGGCAACUAAAAGAAAAGGCAUUCAGCAGUUUCUGACAAUUAACAUUCAUCAUUCCACACUCCUUGUCGAUGAAGUGCUUUUUCACUGCCUAAAAUUUUAGAUGUAGAUAUUUGAAAUAGAUUUUUUCAUUUAUACCAGUUUUCUUUAUGAUGAUACAGUGUUAAAAGAAAAUAAAUUACAAUUGAUCUGUCA